GAAGAGAAGCGUGAGUCUUUUCCAGCCAUCUUGUGGCAUCUAGCAGCGAGCAGCUCGCCCAAGCCCCGUAGAAUCGGAGGAGAAUCCUGCUGAAAGGGCGCCAUCAUGCCCGGACAUUUGCAAGAAGGUUUCGGCUGCGUCGUAACCAAUCGGUUCGACCAGCUAUUUGAUGACGAAGAGGAUCCGUUUGAGGUGUUAAAGCAGGCAGAAACCAAGAAGAAGGACGCGCCCGCUCCUGGUGCCGCCAAGACCGCCGCGCAGGCUACAAAGCAGCCCAAAAAGGAGUCACAGAAAGAAAGGAGAAACCCGGCUCCCGAGAAGAAGGAAGAGACACAAGCUCCCGUGCCUCUCAAGAAAGAUGGCAUGAGGAAAAUGAGCCGCAGGCCGGAGCAGCAGAGUCAACCAGGGUCCCAGCAGCAGGUGGGUCAGGGGGAGGGUCGUCCCCCAGCAGACAGGCGGCCUGACAGGAGGCCACCACGUGAACGGCACUUUGACAAACCCGCUGAUAACAAACCUGCUGAGGGUGGAGAAUUCUCUGUGGAGAAGUCUGGUAGUGAAAGGCCGUUCCGGGGUCGGGGAGGUCCCAGAGGAGGACGCGGAGGCCGAGGCAGAGGUGUCGGCAGGAAUGACGGCUUUGACUCGCGCGGCAAACGCGAGUUCGACAGACACAGCGGCAGCGAUCGAUCCAGCCUGAAAGCAGAAGAAAAACGUGGAGGGAGCGGAUCUCAUAACUGGGGGACUGUUAAGGAUGAUUUGAGUGAGCUUGACCAAUCAAAUGUCACUGAAGACACCCCUGAGGGAGAGGAGCACCCACCUGCUGACUCGGAGAACAAGGAAAAUGAGGUUGAGGAGGUUAAAGAGGAAGGCCCUAAGGAGAUGACUCUAGAUGAAUGGAAAGCCCAGCAGGACAAAGAGAGAGCCAAGGUGGAAUUCAACAUUCGCAAGGCCAACGAGGGAGCCGACUGGAAUAAAGGAUACGUUCUGCACAAGUCCAAGGCCGAUGAUGCCUCUGCUGAUGAUGCUGCUGGGGAUCACCACUUCCGCAAGCUAGCUAAUGACAUUACAUCCCAGCUAGAGAUUAACUUUGGAGACUUGGGUCGCCCAGGACGUGGCCGUGGCGGUCCACGAGGUGGCAGAGGAAGUCGUGGGGGCCCUGCUACCAGACCACCCCGUGAACGCAGGCCAGACAAGGCAAGUGGAGCAUCUGUCCCUAACGUGGACGACCCAGAGGCUUUCCCAGCCCUGGCUUAAGCUUCCUAGAAGGAGCUCCGGUCACCCAGGAGGGUCUCUCUCCAAAUGUCCUUGUCUAUGAGGCUUGCAUGCUAAUGGAUCCUUCAGCAGAUGAAAUGAUGGAAGACUGUCAUCCAUGCCAUUCACCCCUGAGGACUGAAUUUUAGCCGUUUUAGAAAAAAAGGUGGAAAAAAUUACAAAAACAAAGAAAGGACUUCUUGCUAUUCUGAAGCAAAUUAUUGGUUUGAGGUUUUGUAUUUAGAAAUAAGGUAGCAGGGAUGUUUUCAUACAGUGUUUCUUUUAUUUUUCCAGUUUGUUUUUUUUCUCUCAGAAAUUAUGCAUUGUUCAUAGAUACUUUUUGUACUGCUGCUUGAAAAUAUGCAUCUCCAAAAAUAGGUGCGAAAAGCGCACCGUUUUGUCUUAUGGUGUACCAUAGCUUGCAUGCUUUUUACACGCAAAUGCCUUCAAAACAAGGUAGCCCUUUUCAGGGAUUACUCAAAAGAGCAAAAGAUCUACCUGUUUGUGUUUUAUUGUAUGAAGGUUAAUACAUCAUUAAGGGAGAUUAACAGAGCUUUUCUGUUCUGAUAAUGCGAGUGAAGACUUCAGGUUCCUGUAGGCGGGCCUUAAAACCGCAUAGAAUCUGAAAUCUUUUUGAUGAAAUGUACAAUCUUUGAUUCAUAAUUAAUACAAAGAUGUAGUUCCCAUGAUUCCGUUGCUCUCACCUCAAAAAGUGUCUUUUAUUGAAUGACCACUGUAAAGUUUUAGGCUCUGGUAACUCAGGAUAGUAUUAUACUCAUUACGCUAAAUUAGCAAGUUUACAUGCCGCGCUCAUGUUUACCGAAGUAAAUGUGAGUCAAGUUAUGGAUAAAUCCUCUUAAAAAUGAUGUUUGAGAUUUUCUUUCUGCUCCCACUGCAUUUUACAACUGCUCUACUGCAUAAUUGAUCUGAAAGAAACACCAUCUUGUUCAGUGUGGAAAAACUUGAGUGCUAUGAUAAUGUGUGAAUUCCUACCCUGCUAUUAGACCUCUGUCAAUAAUUAAAAGAUGGUCGAUUCAUAUAAA